AUGGCUCCAUCAUUGAAGCUUGUACUUCUGUUGAUCGCCAUGGUUGCUGCAAUGUCCAGAGGCGGGAAGUCAGGUCUUCUUCCUCCAAAAACAACAGUGCAGAUCGUCAAUACCUUACCAAACCAUCAGGACCUAACGCUUCACUGCAAAGACAAGAAUCAUGACCUGGGAGAACACACUCUCAAAUUCAGAGAAACCUAUGAAUUCAAACUGAAGCCAAAUCCCCUAAUAAACGUGACUCUUUAUUUCUGCAGCUUUUGGUGGCCAUCGAUCGGACCUGCUCGUUACUUUGACAUAUACAAACAAGACAGAGACAAAUGUAAAUUGUGUAUUUGGACCGUCGUUGAUUAUGGUCCUUGCACUUCUGAUGGCAUUUGUUAUCCCUGGAAUCCCUCUCAACCACAUUCAACAACACUCCCUUCUUCCCAUGAUGUUACUACAUCACACAACAAUACCCAUACUGUUACUUAA